GGGUGGGCAGGUCGCUGGGACUCUUCUUCCAAUGGAAAGGCGGGAUUUGCCUUUUCUCUUGCCUGCGGAGUGGCUCUGGGCAGGUCCUUCUAUGUGGAUUUAAUUUAUGUCUCUGGUCCUGACUGGGGCUUCGAGGUUUCCCCUGCGCUGCGGGCGCCUUAACUGGAUUCCCCCGCGGCAGCAUUGGUGCCGUCCGGCCCGGUCACAUGGGCGGCAAGAUGGCGGCCUGCAGGGCACGCUGUGAGUGUCGCGGCUGGUGAGACUCAGGCGGCGGCGCCGGGAAGACAGGUUGGACAACUCGGGAGGCUCUCCAGGUUUAGCUGCGGAGGACCUGCACUGUGGACGGGCGGGAACCAUGGUGACGGAGCAGGAGGUGGAGGCCAUCGGGCAGACGCUGGUGGACCCCUUGCAGCCCCUACAGGCCCGCUUCCGGGCCCUCUUCACACUGCGUGGGCUCGGCGGCCCCCACGCCAUCGCCUGGAUCAGCCGGGCCUUCGGGGACAACUCGGCCCUGCUGAAGCAUGAGCUGGCCUACUGCCUGGGCCAGAUGCAGGACCCCCGUGCCAUCCCUGUGCUCGUGGAUGUGCUGCAGGACACAGGCCAGGAGCCCAUGGUGCGCCACGAGGCGGGGGAGGCCCUGGGCGCCAUCGGGAACCCGGAGGUUCUGGAGCUCCUGAAGCAGUACUCUGCUGACCCUGUGCUUGAGGUGGCAGAGACCUGCCAGCUGGCGGUGCGGCGGCUGGAGUGGCUACAGCGGCACCCUGGGCAGCUGGCGGCCGCUGGUCCCUACCUCUCGGUGGACCCGGCCCCUCCCGCCGAGGAACGCGACGUGGGGCUGCUUCGGGAAGCGCUGCUGGACGAGGGCCGGCCUCUCUUCGAGCGGUACCGCGCCAUGUUCGCGCUGCGCAACGCAGGCGGGGAGGAGGCCGCCCUGGCUCUGGCCGAGGGCCUGCGCUGCGGCAGCGCGCUUUUCCGCCACGAGGUGGGCUACGUGCUGGGCCAGCUGCAGCACGAGGCCACAGUGCCGCACCUGGCCGCCGCCCUGGCCCGCCGCGCCGAGAGCCCCAUGGUACGACACGAGUGCGCCGAGGCCCUGGGCGCCAUCGCCCGGCCCGCCUGCCUGGCUGCGCUUCGGGCGCACGCGGCCGACCCCGAGCGCGUGGUGCGGGAGAGCUGCGAGGUGGCGCUGGACAUGUAUGAGCACGAGACCGGCCCGGCCUUCCAGUACGCCGAUGGGCUGGAGCUGCUGCGGCUGCGGACCCCGCCCUAGUCCCCGCCCGGCCCAGGCUCUGCGGGUCUCCCCCUUGCCCCACUUGGCAUCUAAACUGGGCCUACGUACCGUGGGUUCCAUUUCCAGCCCUGCGCCUGGGUGUCCUCUCUUGCUGGCUGAGCACUUGGGACGAGGUUGGUGUCCCUGUGCACAGGGCGCGGCCCGAGGUCUGCAUCUGGACACCCAGAGCGGCGGACCGGAAGCGCCCCAGGACCCAGACCAGGCGGACCGGAAGGGGCGUGUCCUGGGGGGCGAGAAUGUUGGGGAAUCAGGAACUGGGUCUCUUGGGAAGGGUCACGGCGACUGGCUCAGGCUUCAUUAGGAAUGGGGAACAGGGUUUGGGGGUCCCUUGUCCCCCUCACCUUUGGGGCCCAAGCAGGAACCGAGAAGCGGCCUCUGGGUAGGCUGGGCUCAGGGCACUUGCUGGCCCUGGGGUGCUGCCCAGAUGGAAUAUUAAACUGUUUUUGCCAA